GAGCAGUGGGGUGUGGGUUCGGGACUGGUGGGCGGAGGAAUGGGGCGACGACAGUGGGCUCGGUGACGAUUCGGAGGAGGAGGAGUGGGAGAGAGAGGGUUGGGAGAGAGGAGAGGGUGAAACUCGGGGAGAAUUUGAGGGUCAUGGAGUGGGAGAGAGUGAGAAAAAUGGGCAACAGGAUGGGAGGAGAGGAGGUGGGAGGAGCAGCAGUGGGGGGAGGAGGCGAGAGCUGGUGGAAGAAGGGUGGGUGGAGGGACCUGACGAGUCAGCAAAUCUGGCGUUUAGCUGGGUGAACGAGGCUGGGCGGCCGGAGGAUCUGAUCUCACCAGCAGCCAAGCGGUACCAGUGG